AUGAGGCCUCAGGCGUCGCUUGUCAACCUACCAGAUGAGCUAAUACAAAUGCUGAAUGGUUUUUUGACUUAUGAGGAUUCGAUUAAUUUCACGCAAUGCUCACGACGACUUCAUCGAGCAAUUCGACGUAGUGUGCUGGGUUACUACGAUAAAAUGCAGCUAGGCGACGAUCCGUCCGAAUGUCGCUUGAUCGAUUCCAAGGGAAGACGGCGACCGUUGCAUUUCAUGGCGAUAUCGGCGCCACGUCUUCUGAGGUUAGCCACAAACCUGACCGAGGUCACUAUCCUUAUGAAAGAAGUGGAUGCGUUCCGAAAUCCGUACUCUACAACCAGUAUUGGAGAUUGUUCACCGUACACCCCAGGUGGUUACUUGGGUCGUUUACUUGGCCCAUACCCUCCACCGCUGCCGAAUCUAAAGCAACUAUCGCUUCACGUUGACGUGAUGGUGGAAUCGAUUAGUGUUUCUCCACUACCAUGUCCUAGCGAAGAUCUACAAUAUGCACUGUACGCUCUGGCAUCUGCACCAUUUCGCACUUUUGUCCAAAUCAGCUUCUGUUGUGCGCAAUUUCGGGAAAGCGAUGUUGGUGCGAGGAGUUACCUGAUCGCGGGCAUGGAACAAGCGUUGAAGGCGGCCGCUGAGGCUGGUGCUGACACAGAGUUCGAGGUGGAACCAGAAGAGGGCUAUGUCGACAUGACUAUCGAGAAAGGACGUGUGGAAUAUACUUUUGCCUUCUUCUACUACAAUCCCUCUAUCUGUGAGCCAGCACCACCUGAAGAAACUAUAGAUCGCCGAAAAUCACCACUAUAUGUUUGA